UGCGAAUCGUACGAUCAUGAUAUCCUGGCGAUGGACACCGACCAGUAUCCGGAGACCAUUGACGCUAGAUUUCUCAUUUUGGAAUUUUCAACAUGGCGACCACCGCUUCGAUUCUUCAAGUGCUGACUCAAGGGCUGGGGAAGACCCUUCCCGCGCAUCCAGGCAAGAACUUGUCCGUGCCGCAAGCUCCCACCCGCUCGCCCAUCCUCACGGAACGCGAAUAUCAAUUGGCGAUCAAGAACGCGUUGCGGUACUUCCCCAAGGAAUGGCACGCGACGUUGGCGCCGGAAUUCGCCGCCGAGCUCAAGGACGAAGGACACAUUUACAUGCAUCGUUUCCGCCCCACAACGUAUGAAAUGAAGGGAUACCCCGUCGAGUCGUACCCUGGCAAGAUCACGGCGGCGAACGCGAUCAUGAUGAUGAUCAUGAACAACCUGGACAAAGCGAUUGCACAGUUUCCCGCGCACUUGAUCACGUACGGCGGGAACGGCAGCGUGUUUAGCAACUGGGCGCAGUACCUCUUGGUCAUGCAAUACCUGAGUCAAAUGACCGAAGACCAGACCCUCGUGUUGUACUCUGGGCACCCUCUGGGUCUAUUUCCGAGCUCGCCGGACGCGCCCCGCGUGAUCGUCACCAACGGCAUGAUGAUUCCCAACUACUCGACCCGCGAAAUGUACGACAAGCUGUACGCGCUGGGCAACACCCAGUACGGCCAGAUGACGGCGGGUAGCUACUGCUACAUCGGACCGCAGGGUAUUGUGCACGGCACGACCAUCACCGUCAUGAACGCAUGCCGCAAGUACUUGCACAAGGAGGACAUGAAGGGCGUGGUGUACGUGUCGUCCGGUCUGGGGGGUAUGAGUGGCGCGCAGCCCAAGGCAGGCGUGAUCGCCGGGAUGAUCUCGGUCACCGCUGAAGUCGACAUCGCCGCCAUCAACAAGCGCCACGCGCAGGGAUGGGUGAACGAGAUCGCGUCGACGCUGCCGCAAUGCUUGGACAUGAUCCGGUCGGCGCGCAAGGACCAGCGCGUCGUGUCCAUCGCGUACCACGGCAACAUUGUGGACCUGUGGGAAGCGUUGGCGGAUGCGGCCGAGGCGGGCGAGCUGCUCGUGGAGCUCGGGUCGGACCAAACCUCAUUGCACAACCCGUUCAACGGCGGGUACUACCCCGCCGAGAUUUCGUUUGAAGCGUCGUUGGCGCUCAUGGCGGCCGAUCCGGCAGCGUUCAAAGCGCUCGUGCAGUCGAGUUUACUGCGCCAUGUGAACGCGAUCAACCGCCUGACACGGCGCGGCAUGUACUUUUGGGAUUAUGGCAACUCGUUCUUGUUGGAAGCAAGCCGCGCCGGCGCCGACAUUUACAAAACUAACCGCGAAGAAGACGGGUUCAAGUACCCGUCGUAUGUCCAGGACAUCAUGGGCGACAUCUUCUCGCUCGGGUUUGGCCCGUUCCGAUGGGUGUGUGCGUCCGGCAGCCCCGACGACCUCCGCACCACCGAUCGCAUCGCCGCCCGCAUUCUCAAGGAGUACUUGGAGGCCGGCGCACCCCCUCGUGUGGCGGCGCAGCUCCGCGACAACAUCAGGUGGAUUGAAGCAGCCGAGGCCAAUCAAAUGGUCGUCGGCACCCAGGCGCGCAUCUUGUACGCGGACCGCUUUGCCCGUCAAAGCAUCGCCGUGGCCCUCAACCAAGCCAUCACGAGCGGCGAACUGUCCGGCCCCGUCGUGCUCAGCCGAGACCACCACGACGUGAGCGGCACCGACAGUCCGUUCCGCGAAACGUCCAACGUCACAGACGGCUCCAUGUUCACGGCGGACAUGGCGAUCCACAACGUGAUCGGCGACGCAUUCCGAGGCGCGACGUGGGUAUCCAUCCACAACGGCGGGGGCGUCGGAUGGGGUGAAGUCACCAAUGGAGGCUUCGGCAUGGUCCUCGACGGGUCCAAGGCCGCGGAACGCAAAGCCGCCAACAUGUUGAGCUGGGACGUCAACAACGGCGUGGCCCGCCGAGCGUGGGGUCGCAACGACAACGCCGUCUUCGCCAUGGAGCGCGAAAUGGAGGCCGACCCGCUGCUCAAGGUCACCUUGCCCCAGUUUGCCGACGACGACUUGGUCAAGUCGGUGUGCGACGCCGCCUUCAAGUAAAAAGGGCCGUGGAGCAAUAUUAAUAGAUGGAGGAGUUGCUUUGCAUUCACUUUAAAAGGUUUUACCGGUGCUUCGGUUACUGUCCGGAUAAAGAGGUGAAACCGAUCACGUUUGGAGCGUUUCAAAAUUUCUUGAUGCAUGGCAUGGCCUGGGGCUGACAAUAAUAUUAUUAAUAAUAGCGUAAUUAUUCCGAUGACAAAUCAUGAGCUCCAAGAACAAUCGCCUGGGAAAGGCUGUG